GUUUUUACUAUAGUUAUAGAUAUAGUACUAUCAAUCUAGAACUUUUUGUUAUUGACGAACAACUAUUAUUUGAAUACAAUUCUUAGAAUUUCGUUUCAAUUAUUUUUACUUAUUAUAGUUACAUCAAAAAACAACAUUUUUAUAUUAUGGCGUUGGUUCAUGCAGAACUAACGGCCACGUGCAACUCACUGGGAUGUGUAAUAGAUAAUAAAUAUGUUAUUGAUCCACAAUGCUCAGGUAUUUACUACGAUUGUCAGACUAAAUAAUUUUGUGUACGAUCUGUACGAAACAUUGUGUUUUAUAGAGGCCAUUCGUGAUCUGAUUAAAUUUCUUCGACGCGACGGUGAUGACCACGAAAUUCGUCGUUUCCUAGGAGCGGCAAAUAUCGUCGAGACUGACUUAUUACCCAUACUAAUAGAAUACGCAAACAAAUCUGAAAUGUUUGACCUGAUUAUACGUCUGCUGGUCAAUCUUACUACGCCCGCGUUAUUAAUUUACAAUGAACAGUUACCGGCAGAUAAAGUUCCAAGACAAUAUUACUUACAAUUAGAGUUGCACUUACAAAAAUACAAACGAGCCUUUACGAAUAUCAAAGUCUGGAAAAUCAUAGCAAAUAAACUGGCUGAAGUUAUACAAGCGGUAAAUACUUUAUUAAGAUUAUUUGCUAUAUAUAUGUUUUAUUACUUAUAAUUUUUGGCAAUAGGAGUAUCAUGAAAAGGGAGAAGAAAAAGUAUUGUCCACUGUGAGACUUCUUAUACUUGUUCGCAAUAUACUUCAUGUACCCGCAGAUAACGAUGCCGAGUGUAGACCAGACAAUGAUGCCAAUUUACAUGAUCAAGUAAAUUAAUUCAAACAAUUAUUUUAAAUAUUAUAAUAACCAAUUUUUAGGUUAUAUGGGCAAUGCAUCAAAGUCAACUCAUUGAUAUAAUUAUGUAUAUAGCGUGUUCGGAGAAUGAACAGCAAUACUAUUUGCACGCUUUAGAAGUAAGUAAUCAAACCAAUUAUUUCGCCACCUAUUUAUUAAUUAUUUAUCUCUAGAUUAUUUCACUUAUGCUUCGAGAUCAAAAUGCUACAGAACUUGCAACUGCAUCAGUCAACCGCUCUGAAACUGAUAAACAAAGAGAUGAACAAGAACUUAAAAUAGUGUUGGAAAAAGAACGACAAGAAAAAAUUGAAAAGUCCAAAAAGUACAGUGGAUCACGCCAUUCAAAAUUUGGUGGUCGUUAUGUUGUUUCCGGAAUGAAAUCAAUUGGUGAAAACGAUAUGGUCGUUUCAUCAAUGACUUCUAAUGUUAAUAAAGCUUUUGAUCGCUAUAAGGUUUAUCAUGACUAUAUUGAUUAUAAUAUAUUGUUUAUUCAAUUGUUAUAUAUAUGUAUAAUAUUUGUAUUGUUUUUAGAAUCGUCUUAAAACCCCACGUAACAGAAUGCCUCUAAAAGAUACAAUUACUGACCGAAAAUCUGCAUUUAGUGUAAGACUCUUCUUAAAAGAAUUUUGCAUUGAAUUUUUACAUGGAGCAUAUAAUACCUUUAUGAAACAUAUCCGAGUAAGUAUUUAUAUUUUUAUUCAAUUUUUUUCUUUACAAUUUCGAUUAAAUAAUUUUUUUUUAAAUAAUGUCUUUAUUAGGAAAUUUUAGUACGAUCUAAAGGCCAACCUAAUGAUGAGUCAUAUUACUUUUGGUCUAUACAAUUUUUUAUGGAAUUCAAUCGCAAUAAUAUAUUUGAAAUUAAAUUAGUUAGGUAAUAUUUUGUAUUACCAUUAUUUAUUGAGUUAUCUAGUUAUUUGACAAUACUUUAAUUUGUUCUUAGUGAAACUAUGUCGUUGCAUAUAUUUCAUUUUGUUCAAGAGCGCAUUGAAGAGAUCCGUCUAAAAUUGAUUACUGAUAAGAAAAAAAUUCCACUGUGGUCUAAACGCAUGCAUUUAGGACUUAAAGCGUAUAAAGUAUACAUACUCUUUUAUUAUAUACUAUAGACUAUUAUAACUAUUAUAAUAAUAUUUUUUAUUAAGGAAUUAAUGGAAACACUCUUAUUAAUGUACCAAAGUAAAGAGUCUACGCUGCAAUCCAGUGCUCGAACCAUUUUGACAAAUUUAUUCUACGUGGUGGAAUAUAGAGACCUAUUACUAAGUUUAUUAAAUUUUUAUGAUGAAAUUAAAUUCUCACGGUAAUUUUCAAAAUUUUUUAUAUUUAUUAAAGGCUGUACCUUCUAAUCAAAGUUUCAUAUUAUAGAAUGUACUUAAAGGAUCUUAUUGAAACCAAUCAUGUUUUCAUGAAAUUAUUAGAAGAUCUAGGAAAAAGACAGCGUAAUUUGGUUGUACAGAAAAUAACCAGAGUAAAUAAAAACAAAAAAAGUUCUAAAAGUAUAUCUAUUUAAUAUAUAAACAAUUGCAUGUCUUCUACACAGAGUGAUCACUUCUCGAUAAGAUACUCAUCUUUGAAAGUUGGGAUGGAUCGAACCCUGAUUAAUGACAUCAAACAUAACCCCAACUGAACUUUUACAAUAUUUUUCGAACUUGAACCGAACCAAACUUUGAUAACAUUUUUUUGAACCAAAACAGAACUGAACUUUUAUAUUUUUUAGUCGAACUUGAACUUGAUUUUUUUUCAUUUAGAUAUAAAAUGUAAAUCAACCAUAGUUACAAUUAUUUUUAUUUUUAAGUUGUAUGUACGACAAAAAGUAAUAUAAUAAAAUUUAUAAUAUUCUGUAAAACUUGCAAACUGUAGUAUUUUAUAGAUGUAAAUGAAUGAACAAAUGGAAUAUUGCUGCUUAUAGGUUUUCUAAAUUAAAAAUAAAUUGUUCGCAUUUCAUGAAAAUACUCAUAGUUGAAAUAUAAAAGGUAAAGACAAAAUAGCAACAUAAAUUUGAAUUUGAACUUUAAACUGUCAUAAUCAGUUAGAUUUUGAACAGUAUUAUAUACUAAAUAGUUCAGUUUAAAAUUUUUUCAUUGCAGGUUUAAAUUUCGACCUAUCGCUAUUUGAAAGUAUUAACUUUUUUAGAAUUUUUUUUUUUUUUGAGCAAUUUAUGAAUCAAGCCACUUUAAAAUGUUACAUUUUCAUUAAUUUUUGUCACUCUUUUUUUAGUGAAGAAACCACUACUCAGUUUUAAUUUUUAAAUAGCAACCAAUAUUAAAAACUCAGUAAAUAUAUAAGUUUAAGUUGAAAUCAAUAUUGCUGUUGAAAUUUUUAGUUUCUGUCAACCUGUUGACGUGAUAUUCCACUCUUUUAAAUUUGCCAUUUUGUAUUUAAAAAGAGAGUAGUGGAGCAUUACUCAAACACCAUGCAUUCAUGUGUUACACAAAUGAUGCUUUCUUUCUAUGCUAUCUUAAGAGGACACUACACCCACAUCUACUGUCUCAGUUCAAUUACCGGGCCACAUACAAAAAUAAUGCUUGCAUAGACUAAGUAAAACUAGCUUAAUUUUCAGUUUAGGGUAAAAUUACCUAUUAUAAAAUUUAAAGAGAACAUUAUUUCAGAGGAUUUUUUCAAAUUAUGAACUAUUAAAAAAUUUACAAUUAUUAAAAACUAAAAAAAAAAAAGUAUUUAUGCCUUUUAUAUUGAGUAUAUUUAGAAUAAUACAACCCGGUGAGGUUCUGUCCAAAAUAUUCUCUAUAAAUUUCAUAAUAGGUAUUUUUAUUCUGAAAUAAAAAUUAAGCUUUUUAUUAAAAUAAAUAAAAUAUUUAAAAAAUUAACUAAGUAAUUUUACUUAGUCUGGGUAAGCAUUGUUUAUGCAUAUUGCUCGGUAGUUUGACUGAAACAGUAGUGUGGUUGUGGUGUUCUCUUAAAAGUUUAAUAUUAUAAUUACCCUAAACAGAAAGGUGACAAAAAGUAACAUUAUUGUAAAAUUUAAAGUGGCUUAUUUCAUGAAUUGUCCAAAAUAAAAUUCUAAAAAAAUUCAUACUUCAUCAAAGUAGAUUAAUAUUGAGGAUUGAUCACCUUGUAUCAUAUUAUACUUUUGUUGUAUUUAUUUAUUGAAUUAUAUGUAGAAACUAAAACUGCCAACAAAGUUUCACCAGAAGAUGAUGAUACAGUCUGGACUAAUAUCAGUCCAGAUCUUAAAGAAACUAUUCUGUUCCAUGAACUAGUUGUUGAUUCUAUUAAUGCAAGACCUUAUGAUCCUGUAUCAGAAGUAUCAAUGGAAGAUCAAAAGUAUUUUUUUAAAUUUUUUUUUAUUUUUAACUAAUAUUACAAUUAUUGGGUUUGUUUAGAGUUGAAGCUAUGCAUCGUAUAAAGAUGCAUAUAAAACACAAACGUUUAGAAGAAGCUGUAAAGUUGCUGAGAGCAUCUAGGUAAAAAAAAAACUGGCCUAAAUAAUGUUUAGUAACAAUGCUUAUUUUAAAAUUUUUCUUUUUAUUAGAUGUAUGUUUUUGAAGCACUAAAUCAAAAAUGUUUGAUAAAAUGGUCACUUAUAUACUAUUUAAAGAGUUAUACCUAGAAUGAGAGAGCCAAUACUUGGGCUUAUAUUAAGACCAAAUUAUAUGUUUUUUUUUUCUAACAAUAUUGUUGUCUUUGUCUUUGUUGUAUUCAACUUAUCUCUUUCCCUAUUAAUGGAUCUAUGGGGCCCAACUUAAUGCUUUUAAUUCUAACAAUUGUGGCCCUCAUACACAUCUUUCUGCUAUCCGUUUAUUUUUUUAAGAGUUAAUGUUUAAUACAUAUUGAAAAUGAUCAUGGGUACUAAACUAUAUUUGUUACCAAAAAGGUUAAUUAGUUUAAUCGUAUUCAAAUACAAUUUGUUUUUACUUUUUUAAAGGCUUAGAAAUUUUCAAAAAAAACAAUUUAGUUUUAUUAAUAUUAUCUACUUUUUAGUGUAUAUUACAUUUGAUUACUGAAAUAUGUAUAUGUUUAGAGAAGUUUGGCCUGAAAAUGAUGUUUUUGGGAAACCACGACUAAGUAGUGAUGAAGAAUUAGAUAUUUUGAAAGAGAUAUUCUUUGCUGAUCUUGGAAUACCUAUGACAGGUAUAAUUUAAAAAUAUAAAUAUUUGUAAAUAAUAUAGAACGAAAUUGGUUUGUCAUAAAAAUGUCAUUUGUAAUUUAAGAUGGUGACGAAAACAUGACAGAAUCUAAUAAUCCAAAUGAUAACGAAAAUGAUGCAACUGAUGGUAUAUACAAAUUAUAUUUUAUUUUUUAUACAUUUAAUUAUAUUGUUUAAUAUUUGUAUUAUCAUUAUUAUUAUUAUUAUUAUGUAUAAGCUUUGUUCAUUUCAAAAAGUUAGUAUUUACUAUAUAAUGUAGAAGCCAUUGUUACUAGAUUUUGUGAAUAUUUGUUAAUGUUAAAUAAACUCUUAAUUAGUUACAAAAAUUAAUCUUUAUUCAUUAACCAAUUCAUUAAUUUUUUAAGAUGAAGAAGAUGAAGAAAAUGCUGAUCAAAUAAGAAUAGAAGAAAAUAAUUUUGAAUUUAUAGAUUUUGUUAAAAAGUGAGAUUUAUUUUAAAUAAUUAUUGUUUUAAUAAUUUAUUAAUUGUAAUUUUAAAAGAUUUGCAAAACCCAAAAUUUUACAAGCAUGCUGUCAACUCUUAAAAGAUUUUGAAACCAAUUCUACAUAUACCAAUCAUGUAGUCGUGAAACUUCUCCAUCGUAUUACAUUUGAUUGCAAGUAUAGUGCAUUAAUGUUCCAAGCUUCUGUAUUUCGUAUUUUUCAAAAGAUAUUUUCAUCCAAAAAUCCACAUCAUAAAGUAAUAAAAUUGAUUAGUAAGAAAACUUUUAACUUGAAAUGUAAAUAAUAUUUUAGGAACUCAAACAUUUUGCAAUAUUCAUUAUAAGAAAAUUCACAGACGCUACAAAAAAAAACAAUAAAGUAUUUGUGGAAUUAUUGUUCUGGAAAGAUUUAAAAACAGCUUAUGAAAUUGAGGAAGGAUAUGAUACAAAUCCAAAAGAGGUAUCUACUAAUUGGACAGAGGAACAAGAAGAUGAAUUACAUAGAUUACAUGAAGAAUAUCUACAAAAUAUGCCUGAUGAAGGUAAUAGUAAAUAUUCAAAUCAAAAUAUCUUAAAUAGUAGUAUAAUGUAAAUUAUGUUUAACUUAGAUGAACUUACUUGGAUCUGUAAAAAUUUAAUUAAACAAGACCGUUCAAGAAAAAGUGUUUCUAAAAAACUCAAAUCAAUUGGAAUUAUUUGUAAAAAUGUAAGAAUAUUUUUUUAACAUUUUAUGGAUUUGUAAUUUUGUAAAUCAUGUACUUUUCAGAAACAAAAAAUAGUAAAUAGAGAAUUUUCUGAAGCCGAGAUUGUACAAAUUACACAGUUAUUUCAAGAAUUCAGAGAAACAAACAAUCCAAUAAGCUUUAUUAUGGAAAAAUUGGACGUUUUGCGUCCAAAAAAACUCAUAAUUGAUAAAAUAGUUGAGUUGGGAUUAGUUAGAGAUCGAAAAGAACUUUGGAAGAAAAACUCCAAGAAAGCUAAUAAGUGUAAAUAUUAUUGAUUAUUCUGUUUUCCAAACAAUUAACUAUUAUUAUUAUAGAUGUAACUGAUAAUAGUUCAAGCAAUGAAAGUGAUGAAUCUGACGACGGCAGUGAAAUAGUUUCCACUCACCAUAGUUUAACAUCUGUUUAUGUAUUUAAUGCUAUUAAAAAAGUGAUUGACAAAGAUAUGAAGCCAGCUCUGUUGUGGUUGAUUGAAAGCUUGGAUGAGGCAGCAGAAGAUUUGGAUGUUGAUGAAUCUGAUAUACCUUUAUUACCAUUAACAGAUGAAUGUAUGGCUGCAGUUAAUGAUACCGAUUUUCAAGAUGCAAUGAUAAUAUUAGGCAUCCACAAACCUUCAGGUGUUCAGGUAAUAUAUUUAAAUUUGUAAUAUAUGUCUAACUACAUUAUUCAAACAAUACAAUUUUAUCUGCCUUUAAAACAAAAAACUAACAUAAUUUAUGUUUAAGGAAAUUUAUUGGCGUAUACCAGGUACAUGGCAGGCAAAUGAUAUCCGCCAACGAUCUAUAACUAUAAAAAAUAUAAUAGAAGGAAAUUUUGUGGCUGAUGUAAUUACAACGCGUCAAGUAGAUGACAGUAGUGAUGAAGAAGUAGAAGCAACAUUUGAUAGAAUAAGAAAGUCUCUUAUUCAAAACAAUGUAAAUAACAAUACAGAUGUUGGAAAUAAAACCGUAAAAACAAAAACCCCAUCAGUUUUUCAAGAAUCACACAAUGAAAAAAACACUGGAUUAAAUAAGAAAAUUAGCCUCAAUAAAAGAAAAUUUUUAUUAGAAGAUAGUGAUGAAGAAAACGAAAUUACUCUUAUUAAAAAGAAAGUACCACUCGAGAAUGACAAAGAGGAUAAUAGUGAUUUAGAGAAUAACAUUAUUUCAAUGAAAAAUAAAAGACCAUUAGAUGAUAGUGACGACGAAAAUAUUAUUCAUGAUAAUAUAAGAUCUCAAUUUCAGGAAAAUAGUAUAGAGAAUGAUGAGAUAGAAAGUAAUAUUGUUUUAAUGAAAAAGAAGAAAAUGUUUUUAGAAGAUAGUGACGAAGAAGAUACCAGUCGUGAUGAUAUAGGAUCUCAAGCAAACAAAAUUAGUGUAGAAAAUGAUGAGUUAUUAGGAAAUACAGUUUUAUUGGAUAAGAAAAAAGUAUUGUUAGAGGAGAGUGUUGAAGAUGUUUAUGAUAAUAAUAUGUGUGCUCAAUUAGACAAGGAAUCUGUCGAAGAAAUUGAAAAUGAUAAAAUAAAACCAUCAUUGGAAAACAGUGAUUCAGAUGAGGAAGUUGGUUCAGUUGUAAAAAAAAUCAAACCUUUUUUUAAUGAUGACAGCGACUAAAUGUAUCAAUUAAUAUAUUUUAUUUUCAUAAGUACACAAUAAUAUUGAAAUAAUAACAAUUUUUUAAACAAAUUGUAUGCAAUAUAUAUAAUAUAAUGUAAGCUAUUGUUAAUUACCAAAAUUCCCUAUUGUGUCUGGUG